CUUAAAGUAUCAGCAGUAGAAGUACACAAAUAGCUAAGUACACAAGUAGGUAAAGUAUCAGCAGUAAAAGUACACAAGUAGUAAAAGUACAUAAGUAGUUACAGUAUCAGCAGUGAAAGUACACAAGUAGUUGUAUCAGAAGUAAAAGCAAUAACCGGUAAAUAAGAGGUAAACCGUCUGUAAAUAAGAUGAUCUCAGACAGCUAGACAGGUGUGUACAGACAGACAGGUGUCUCUACAGACAGAUAGACAGGUGUCUCUACAGACAGACAGGUGUCUCUAACCGCUGUGUGCUUCUGUCGGUAUUUGUUCGUUAUUAUCUGUGAACUGCUUUUAUUCUGGAAGUUCCUUAAGGUCCUGUCACCUGUGGACUUUUAUUGUGAAACCCUUGGAGGAUGUCGCUGCGGACUGUCCCAAACAUUACGGUACUGCGGCACUUUGCGGCCUUUACGAUGAAACGCCGGGGACAGGAAGUGAGUUCAAGCAGCCGCAGAAGAAGAGGAAGAAAAGAAGAUGAAGCUCGCGCUGAAAUGAGUGAAAGUGGCGCUCAGCUGUUUGCUCGUCUGGAGGGCCGUUGCUGUCUGAAGGACAUCGAGCCUCAUCUGUUCCCUGAAGAUGGAGGACCAGACCAUGGUGAGGUGGUGGAGCUGUGUGGGACGGAGGGGACAGGUAAGACGGAGCUGCUAUACCACCUGCUGUGCCGCUGUGUGCUGCCGGAGGCGGCCGGCGGUCUGGAGGUGGACGUUGUGUUCGUGGACACCGACUACAGUCUGGACAUGUUACGACUGGUCAGCAUCCUGGACAGCAGGCUGAACACAGCUCUGUCCAGCAACUCCUCUGCCAGGUCGGAGGAGGCGGCGCUGCGUUCGUGUCUGUCCCGCCUCCUGGUCGUUCACUGCUCCUCCUCCUCGCAGCUCCUCCUCACCCUGCACUUCCUGGAGACCUCCUUGUCGUCGCGGCCCAGCCUGGCGCUCCUCCUCAUCGACAGCAUCUCCGCUUUCUAUUGGCUGGACCGCUGUGGGGGUGGGGCCAGCUUCGCCAAGCAAGAGGAGAAACUCAGCAAGUGUGCCGAGCUGCUGGAACGAUUGCUCAGGGAUUACAGAGUGACUGUCUUCGCCAGCUGCCACGCCAUCAGGAGGAGCUCCAGCGGACCCUCCUCCUCCUCAGACUCCUACCUGUGUCGCCCCUGGCAGCGGCUGGUGUCCCACCGGCUGCUCUGCUCCAGGCAGGAUCCUGUCGACUCGGUCGCUGCAGCAGUAGGCGACAGGGGGCAGAGGAUGCAGCCGGUCUUCACCGUCCGCUGCACCUCCUCCUCCUGCAGCAUGAAGUCCUUCAGGAGCAGCUCCUUCUGCGUGACAGACGGAGGAGUGGAGUUUAUUGGAACCUCCUCCUCACAGGACAGUGAACAAAGUCGAUAAAGUUCCAUUCUCUGCUGAUGAAACUGUAAACACCAUUCUGUUUUGGUCUGAUUUCAAUAAAACCUCUGGCAGCUUUUGGUUCUAAUGGUUUCAUCUGAGAACACAUCUGUCAAAGUUUAAUUAAAGCUUGUUGUGAACCAGAA